UCACCUCUCUCACAACGGUAUCCUAUAGUGCGGCGUACUUCUGCACAUUCAGACACUAUGAUGGACCUGAGAGCAACUGGAAAGCUUCUGUUCGGACUCUUACUGUUAGAGACAUGGAUGGGCUUUAUUCAUACACUCAGUGACCUGGAGCCUGUUCUGCACGAGACAUCUCUUCUCAAGCCCAAAGUAGUCAUUGCAGCUUUGGCCCGUAACAGUGAACACAGUCUUCCUUAUUUUCUGGGAUGUAUUGAGAGACUGGAUUAUCCCAAGGACCGCAUCUCCAUCUGGGCCGCUACCGACCACAAUAUUGACAACACCACUGCAAUGCUGCGUGAAUGGCUGUCUGGAGUGGAGCGUUUGUAUCAUUCAGUCCAUCUGCAGACCAUGGAGAAGGAGAACAGUUAUGUGGAUGAACUGGGUCCCAAGCACUGGCCAGAGUCUCGGUUCACUCGUGUGAUGAAGCUGAGGCAGGCUGCCCUCGCAGCGGCCAGGGCUCAGUGGGCAGACUACAUCCUGUUUGCAGACAGUGACAACCUGCUGACAAACACACAAGUACUGAAUCGACUGAUGGCUGAGAAUCGGACACUGGUUGCUCCAAUGCUAGAGUCAAGAACACUCUAUUCUAACUUUUGGUGUGGAAUGACCUCACAGGGGUAUUAUAAGCGAACACCACAUUAUGUUCCCAUUCGUAACUGGAAGCGUACUGGUUGCCACCCGGUUCCCAUGAUUCACUCCACAAUGCUGAUAGACCUGCGGCGCAGUGCUAGUGCAGCCCUGGCCUUUCACCCUGUGCACCAUUACUACCUUUGGGCCUUGGACGAUAUCAUGGCUUUUGCAUUUUCCGCAAGACAAGCAGGUGUGCAGAUGUUCAUAUGCAACCAAGAGCAUUAUGGGUACCUGCCACUGCCUUUGAAUACAAAGCAGACUCUGGAGGAGGAGGUGGAGAGCUUCAGCCACACCGUCACAGAGGCACUGAUUGACUUCAAGUUGGAAACUUCACGUUAUCUACACAUUGCUUCCAAACCUAAAGACACCAUGGCAUUCAAUCAGGUCUAUUUGAUUAAUCUAAAGCGUCGGGAAGAUCGCAGAGAUCGUAUGCUGCGCUCGUUGGAGGUGCUGGGCAUAGACUUCACCAUCACCGACGCGGUGGAUGGCAAAGCCCUGAAUUCAACUCAGCUAAGAGCUUUAGGAAUCGAGAUGCUCCCUGGUUAUAAAGAUCCCUACUCUGAUCGUGUGCUAACUAAGGGUGAAAUUGGUUGCUUCCUUAGUCAUUACAACAUCUGGAAAAAGGUGGUGGAGCUCCAGCAACAUCAGGUGCUUGUACUGGAGGAUGAUGUCAGGUUUGAGCCCAGCUUCAAGAGCCGUCUCAACACCAUCUUGGAGGACGUGAAACAAUCAAGCCUCCAGUGGGAUUUAAUAUAUGUAGGGCGUAAACGAUUGCAAAUUAAGCAUCCAGAGCACUUGGUGGAGGGAGUGAAGAACCUGGUGAUCCCAGAUUACUCUUAUUGGACCCUUGGAUAUGCCCUUUCACUGCAGGGGGCAAAGACGCUUAUGGAGGCUCAGCCACUCAGCAAGAUGCUGCCGGUGGAUGAGUUUCUGCCAGUUAUGUUUAACAAGCACCCCAAGGAGGAAUACAUGUCUCAAUUUAAACAGCGAAACUUGAAGGCUUUCUCUGUACAGCCCCUGCUGCUCUUUCCCACACACUACACUGGGGAGCCGGGGUAUUUCAGCGACACCGAGACCUCCACCAUCUGGGACGAUGAGACUGUGGCCACUGACUGGGACCGCCAUCACAUCCGUGGAGACCGCAGUCGUGGUGAUAAGAGCCCAACGCCUAUUGCUGAGAACAGCCCGAGAGAUGAACUCUGAUUAAACUCUUACAGAAGUAAUAAACAACAUGUCAAACGUGUUAAUAAAAGAAGAUCAUAUGACAGCUCAAGGAAAGAACCAUUGAUGUGGAGUCAAUAUAUAUGUAUAUAUAUA